AGAAGAUGUACAAAUCGUGAUGGAAGAGAGAAGACGAAGAUGCUCCUUUUUGUUUUGUUUUGUUUUGUUUAGCUUGGUUUACUAAUUUGGUUUUGAUAUACAAUACGGGACCGGACCGGUUAUUAAGAAGAACCGAGGGCGUAUAAAGCAUCUGUGGGUCGUUCUCUCUGCCUAGGGUUUAAUUGAAUGAUGGAGGGGGAGUUGGUGGAUGCAGAGAUAGUGGUUCCGACGCAUCUGAGUUUUAAGAAGACACAGGCCUAUGAAAAGUACCCAAAGGGACAGUCUCGAGGAAGGUGGAAACAUCUCAAACAGAUCCUCCAAGCUGACCUCAAUGAUCCCUCCUCUUAUAUCAGCAUCGAGUCGCCUCCAUCCACUCAACCAUGCAAGAGAAUUUGCGAUGUCACUGGAUUUGAGGCGCCAUAUGUAGACCCCAGAACAAACCUACGCUAUGCAAACGCUCAGGUUUUCAAGACUCUAAGAUCACUCUCCCCUCACCAAGUCCACCACUAUCUCUCCAUUCGCAACGCCGCUCCUCUUCUCAAGUAGCCCCCCUCUCCUUCCUGUUUUUCCUAUCUUUUCAUGCCUUGUAUGGUGGUCGAUAUAUUUUUUUGAUGUAUGCAAGUUUGAUUUCACUCAAAGUUGUUGAUGAUAUUUUGUGUGUCAGCUUAAACAUGCUAUUAGUCGUACAACAGCAAAACAAGUCUUUCAAUUCUUUCUACAUCAACAACCUUAAUCUUUAUGCACAAGGGGGUUUAUACAAUAACUUACAAAAUCAACUGAAUACCAGCACUCAACCAACAAAGCAUACAAAACUAUUCCUGUUUUUCCUUCUUGCCUCUCCUUAUUAUGGUGGUAGAUUUUUUUGUAUGUGAUUUCAAACACAGUUAAUGAUAUUUUGUGUGUCAGCUUAAACAUGCUUACACACCUCGUACAACAACAAAAAGAAUACUACAAUGACGUAACCUUAUGCAGCAGAGGGUUUAUAUAAUUAACUUACAAAACCAAUUUGAAUACCAGCACGCAAACGCAACCAACCAAACACACACAAACUCUUCAAAUUGCUAUACCUAUGUUUUUCAAUGAUGUGUUGUUGCACUUCUCCUCAGUGCUGCAAAGAUACCCCCUCCUCCUGUUGAUGCUCUUUUUUUCUUCUCCUCCUCUUGUUCUCCUACCUACCACACACACACACAAACAAACAUUUAAUUCAACUACUUUUACUUUCAUAACCACCUGAUAUUUCCUUCUCUUACUUACUUCCUUGGCUAUCUCUUCUAGCUGCUCUUUGAUCUCUGCGAAGUCUGGUCUCAGCGUUGGAUCCUUCUCCCACAAUCUCUCCAUUAGCUCUCUCAUUUUCGGAUGCGUCUUCUUCGGUAUUUUUGGCCUUAAUCCCUGUUUUCCCACCACACACACCACAACCCCUUUUAGCUGUACACCCAUUGCAAUGCUUUCUAGACAAAACAAACAAAGGCAAUUUACCUUUUGGACCACCCCUACCGCUGCCUGCAAUGGCGUCAUGUAUUCAUAUGGAAGCUGCCAUCACAUAAAAGUUAGUUAUACUGUCACCUUCCUUUUUAGGACUUUUACUUUUCUUUAAGACAAAAAGACGCCCAAGUACCUUGCCAGUCAACAACUCCCACA